AAAGAGUUACCUUUCUAGGAUGAAACCCAAUAAUACUUUAUAAUGUCCUUGCCUAAAUUGGUUUAAGUGCUAAGGUGUCAAAUACGGAGUAUAAAAAUACAAACCAUGAUAUUAAAUCUUUAACCUUUAGAACUGAAUUUAUGCGAGUUCUGACUUCUGAGUAUAGCUUUAUUAAAAGUUUAAUGUCCAUCAUAAAUGAUGAACAAUAUAUAGGAUGAGUAGUACGGUCUAAAAGUUGAAUUUGUAUCUUGAUAUUAUGCCUAGGCGUGUGGGAGAGGCAAAUCAAGAAAGAGCACCAAUGAAAAUAUUCUAUAAUGGUCAAGUGAUGAUGUUCAAUGAUUUUCCAGCUGAGAAGGCUAAGGAAGUUAUUGCAUUGGCUAUGAACACCCAAAUCCCCAACAUCUUACCUUGUACUGAUGCUAAUCCUGUUUCUAAGGCUGUUUCUGGUUUUGGAAAGCAGAGACCUUAUUCCGAUUUGCCCAUUGCUAUGAGGAGUUCCCUUGUCAGGUUCUUGGAGAAGAGAAAGCACAGGAUUACAUCCAAGGCACCAUACGAGAAAAGGAACUGUGUGGGGGGAGCUUCUUCAGAGCAAGAAAAAAACAAGGAAUGGCUGGGGUUGGCUGCCCAGUUUCCAGUGAAAUCUGAGGCUCAGUUAUCGUGAUUUUUGUUUGAUCAUUGAUGUGUAUAUGCUCUGAGAGCUUGAAUUAUAUAUACUUGAAUUGGGGCAUUAGAAUGGUUUAAUGGCACUUUAUUAGAAAUAUUGACUGUUUGUUUGUGUUAUGCCAUUCUAUUAUCAAUUAAUGACCUAAAUUAUGUUUGUUUUUGCAGCUUUUGGGUGUACUUGCUGAUGAUUCUGUGGCAUUGGUUUUUAGUUUUUUGGGGUUUUGGUACUUGUGAAUUGAUUUUCCACUGAUGGCGUUACCAAAUAACUAUCCAGUAUAUUCUUCAGCUGUUCGGGAAACCAACCAUCCAAUGACCGCUGCAAUCUAAUUUACCCAUACAAGCACAUACGAAGUGGCUGCUGCUGGGGUAGGGUGUUUGUUAAAAACUCCACUCAAUCAGGGAUUUAAUGUUUUCCACUAAAGGUGCUUUGCUAAAUAGAAUUUGAGGUAGGAAAGGUCCCUCCUCUAUCCUUUUCAGGAGAAUCUUUACGAGACAAGCAGUUUCAGAGGUAGCUUGGGUUAAGGCUCUCCCAAAUGGAACUUGGAGAAUCAUCUUCCAAAUCUUUUGGGUGUACGCUUCGAGAUAUCCUCCGCAUCCGUUAAACACCAUUGAGCUUGAGAAGCGUGCAUCAAGAUAUUGCAGAACGAGUUCUGCACAAACUAUGAAGGUGGCUGAAGAUCUGUACCAACAAGGUUUUAUUAGCUAUCCACGCGCCGAGACUGAUAAGUUCUCUGUUGAUGCCAUUGCCAACUUGCCUGCGUUGGAUCGAGUUUCGUUGCAUUUGGAGUUGAUUUGAAGAAGUUAGAGUCCGGCAAUCGGCGCUAAAGAGACAACCGGGAGGAGAUAGAGAGCAUUCAAGGAAGAAUUGAGAGAUUUGGAGGUCACCAGGUGAUUCACGGCGAAAUUUUGAUGAAGAAAGAGCAUUGGGAUCGACCUUGUUUGAAUCCGGGCACGUUUGGAGCAAGAAAACGAGAAAACGGAGCGAAAAAGUCAGACGCACGGUCGUGCGUCUGGGACGCACGAUCGUGCGUCCAUUACUAAACCGCGAUGAGGCCUCUGCCUGCUACGCACGAUCGUGCGUAGGCAGGGACGCACGAUCGUGCGUAGCCCCGUGACACGCGCGGAAAUUUCCUAUUUCGGCCCAAAUUCGGUUUUUUUCCCUUUUUUUCUAUAAAUAAGGCCUCCCUAACCCUUUUGAGGGGUUACGAACAUUACGGAGAGGCCUAGGGACGAACUUAACACCGUUUUUACGCUAUUUUCUUCCAAGACCCUGGGAUUAUUUGUAAGUUCAUCUUUUUAAUUAAUGACAAUUAUUUCUAUUCAUCUCAAUUCUGUUGAUUCUUCAAUUAUGAAUUGAGAAAUUACCCUAAAUAGGACUAAAAACGUUUGUAUAUUCCAAAAUAGGACCGUCAUGUUUUUACUCCCAAAAUAGGACUAAUUACUGUCAUGUUUUGUCAGUACCACACUUUAAACAUGGCAGUAUUUUCCAAACUUGGCAGUAAUUACUCCUAUUUUGAGAAUAAAAACAUAGCAGUCUUAUUUUGGAAUUUUCAAACUUAUUUACUCUUAUUUCGAGAAUUUUCCCUUAUGAAUUGUGAGUAGUUUAAUUAGGGAUUUGGGAUUGAUGAAGGGGUUAAUCAUGAUUGAUGGCUAGAUUCUUGUUGGUUUAAUUGCAUGAAUGCCGUUUAAUUUGUGUAUGAAUAAUUUAACUGAUAUCUCUUGUAACCUAGAUGGCCACUAGAAUUACAAUUGCUUAUAGAAUAAAUUAAGAGAGAUCUAAUUUGUUCUAGGACACAUUCACACACACUUAAUCGUUUGCUAAGAGAUUAGUAGCGAUUAAGGAGCCGUAAGCUCGCUCGUCUUGGCAAUCAUUUAGGAUCUUGUCGCAUGAGAGAUCAGCCUGGUCCCCUAAAUUAUUGUACUCUACGCCGCGAGAGCGGUAAGAAUUUAGUAAUGAUUAGCUAGGCUCAAUUAAAUUAAAUUCAUGUAAAUUAGGCCUGAUCUGCCAGAAAUCUGGUUACCCCGGAAUCAAUCCCUGUUCCCUUCGUCGUUAAUUGAGAAGAAACCACUUUUAUUUUAAUCGUUCAUCUUCAUUAGUUUAAUAUUAAUUCACCAAUCAAUCUCGCACACUUGCAUUUAUUUAUUUUAUUUCUUUUUAAUCGCUGAAUUUAGUUAAUCUUUAAUUCCCUUUUGUCCGUCCCUGUGGAGACGAUACUCGUACUUUCAACCACUAUUCUACAAUCUUUUUAAGUGCGAGAAAACACUCAUCAGUUUUUGGCGCCGUUGCCGGGGACGGUGUCGGAUUUAAGGGUUAAUUAAUUUUAGCGACUUGUUUUUUUAGUUUUUCGUAGGAUUUUUGUCUACUAACCUUGCAGGUCAGAUCUGUUUAUGCAUACACGCUCUAAGAAGGGAGAAUCACUAGUCCCUCUUAAUCCUGAGAUCGAGAAGCUAGCUAAGCAGAACCGCAAGGCCUUUAGAGAACAGAAAGCAACCAUGGAUCAACCAUCCGCAUCUGGGACAGCUGGGACGUCUGAGGUCCAAACCACUUCUGGUAAUCUGGAUUUUUAUAUUAAUACCUCUCCCCAGUCUUCACAAGAAAAUUCACCUAGAGCUUAUCCGGGGUAUCAAAAUCUCCGUACCCCAUUCUUCCCCCAAAAUCAGUCCACUCCACAACUAAAUCUUCCACCACUCUAUCAGCUCUUUCAAAAUACUUCUAUUGCUCCCGAAACCACUUUUCAAAAUCAAACCUUUGGGAUGCAAGGUCUAGGGCAAAAUAAUCCAGUCUUUCAGCCCAGACAGAACCAACCGCCAGUCACACAAAAUCCACCCCCUACUCAGCCACAAAAUCAGCCUUUCCAACCCCAAUAUCAUCAAUUCCAUCAAACCCAACCUCAGCCAAAUAUCAUCCGUCCACAACCCAUAAGACCACAACCAGUUCAUCAGCCGAGGUAUCAAGCUCCUCCUUACCACAACUAUGUUCCACAUGACAAUCCACUCUAUCAAGGAGAGAGCAUUGCACACUUCCUAGCCCCCGAGAUCACAGAGUAUGACAGCAUUCAGGUACCGGGGAUUACUGCACCCCGUUACGAGAUCAAGCCGGCGGUGAUCAAUAUGGUCCUAAAUAAUCAGUUUGGAGGGAGCCCUACGGAAGAUCCAGUGGCACACAUUACCAAAUUCCUGAGGAUGUGCCAGACUUUCAAGAUUCCUGGGCUAGAUGACGAUCAGGUACGGAUGCUACUAUUCCCUUUCUCUUUGAGGGAUGAUGCGCAGAGGUGGUUGGAUAGCAAUCCACAUCACCACAUUCAGACUUGGGAUCAACUGCAUAAGGCCUUCAUAAAAGAAUACUUCCCAACAUCAAAGGCCAUAAAGUUGAAGAAGCAGCUACAGGAAUUCAAGCAAGGUUCUUUGGAGACAUUAGCUGAGGCGUGGAAGAGAUUCAAGGUGCUGAGAAGAGCUUGCCCUCAAGGCAAGAUGACUGAUUGUGAGGUUCUAUCUUGUUUCUAUAGUGGACUCAACAAUGAAGGAAAGAUGAUGCUUGAUGCUUCGGGAGGUGGAGCUUUUCCUCAGUUGCCAUCUGAGGUUGCGGAAGAAUUAGUGGAGAAGAUUGUGUCUAAUAAUGCUUCAUGGUACAGUUCUCGGGACACACCUCACCAGAAGGCCCCGGGAUUGUACGAGAUCAGUGAGAAUUCUGCCCUUUCUGCAAGGGUAGAUGCUUUGACCAGUUUAAUUCAGAAGCUUGCUACUACGGUGGACGACAAUCAGAAGAAGACGGAACUUGCUCUCUCGGUGCCCAGUGUGAAUAUGGUAGCCCCCGUUCCUAUUAGUCCCUCUUGUUCUAUGUGUGGGGGACUCCAUUCGCCACAUGAAUGCACAAUGAUGGCACACUCGGCAGCCCCUGGAGUAGAGCAAGUGGAUGCGAUGUAUUAUCAGCGACAGGGCUAUUAUAAUCAGCCCUACGGACAGCAGCAGCAAGGGCAAUACGGGCAGGGAAAUCAGCAGCAGUCAAGAAACUUUAAUCAACCCCAGGUACCUCAAGGCCAACAACAAGCACCUCAGCCGCAGCAAGGGAGUUUUAGAAAAGAGACUGAGCAAAGAUUCUCUAGUUUGGAAGACACAUUCAAGAAAUACAUGCAAGUGACUGAUGCAAGGAUGCAUAACAUGGAAACUCAAUUGGGGCAAAUCUUUAAGGCUGUAUCUGAGAGGCCUCAGGGAUCCCUCCCCAGUAAUACUGAACCAAACCCACGAGAACAUGUUCAGGCAGUCACCUUGAGGAGCGGGAAAGAGCUAGAACCUGCUGCCAUAACAAAGAAGCCCGAUAAAGUUCAAGUUGAACCGGCUGUCCGGGAGGAAGAGAAGGAGAAAGAUGAGGGAAGAGAGGUGGCGGCUGCACCAAAACAGUCCGUUCCGAUCAAGAAUUACACCCCACCUCUCCCCUAUCCGGCACGAUUGACUAGGAAGAACGAUAGUGACCAGUUUGGUAAGUUUCUGCAUCUCAUGAAACAAGUGCAGAUUAACUUACCAUUCGUGGAUGCACUAGCUCAGAUGCCGAAGUACGCGAAGUUUAUGAAGGAUUUGCUCACGAACAAGAGGAGGCUGGAAGAAGCGUCUACUGUGACGCUUAAUGAGGAGUGCUCAGCGGUGAUACGGACAGAUCUGCCGAAGAAGCUUAAGGAUCCAGGUUCUUUUACUAUUCCCUGCUUUAUAGGAGAUCUUACUUUUGAUAGGGCCCUGGCUGAUUUGGGUGCAAGCAUUAAUCUGAUGCCUCUUGCUUUAUAUGAAAAGCUUGCACUCGGUCCACUUAAACCUACACGUAUGUGCAUUCAGUUGGCCGAUCGUUCAGUCAAAUAUCCCCAAGGGAUUAUUGAAGACGUGUUGGUUAAAGUGGACAAAUUUAUUUUUCCGGUAGACUUUGUUAUUUUGGACAUGGAUCAGGAUCGGGGGGUACCAUUGAUUUUGGGCAGACCAUUCUUGGCAACUGCCCGUGCACUUAUUGAUGUUGGAGACGGUAAGCUUGUUCUCCGCGUUGGGGAUGAGUCUGCCACCUUUGACAUGUCCAAAAUAAUGAAGAGGCCCUGUCAAGAUAGUGGUGAGUGUUUUUACAUGGAUGUGGUUGAUUCUUUGGUGGAGGAUUGCAUUCCUAACAUGCUUUCUGAUGAAGCCUUCUUUGAUCUUCUUUUGGAUGAUAGUUUGUCAGCAGAGGAUCUUGAGCUCCUCCCCAGUUUUGAUUGUCUUAUGCUUGAUGGGGAGGAGGACUCAAGUGAUGCUAGUAAUGUGAAGGGGAAGGAAGAUGACUUAGAUAAGGUGGAGAAGGAAGAUUGUCAGACUGAUUCUUCUAUUGUUACUCCUUCUCCAUUAAAUCUAAAGCCUCUUCCCUCCCACCUUGAGUAUGCGUUUCUAGAUAAUAGUUCUGACCUCCCUGUUAUUCUUGCAUCCGGGCUUGAGCCAUCCCAAAAAUCUGCAUGUCUUGACUUACUUUGUGAACAAAGGGAAGCUCUAGCCCGGAAACUUUCUGACAUGAAAGGAAUCAGUCCCGUUUUCUGCACUCAUAAAAUUUUGAUGGAAGAUAAUGCUAAACCGGUAGUGCAGCCACAAAGGAGAUUGAAUCCUAAUAUGCAGGAGGUGGUCAGGGAGGAAGUGAUCCGUCUGUUAGAUGUAGGGAUUAUUUAUCCGAUUUCAGACAGCCCUUGGGUCAGCCCGACCCAGAUGGUUCCCAAGAAAGGGGGGAUGACUGUGGUCAGGAAUGAGAAAGAUGAGUUGAUUGCUACACGUACGGUCACCGGAUGGCGGGUUUGCAUUGAUUACCGAAGGUUGAAUGCCGCCACCCGGAAGGACCACUUCCCUCUCCCCUUCAUUGAUCAGAUUUUAGAGAGGCUAGCAGGGCAUAAAUUUUAUUGUUUCCUUGACGGGAUGUCGGGAUACUUCCAGAUCCCCAUAGCCCCCGAGGACCAGGAUAAGACCACUUUUACAUGUCCAUUCGGUACCUUUGGAUUAUGUAAUGCCCCUGCUACCUUUAUGAGAUGCAUGCUUGCUAUUUUUGGGGAUUUCAUUGGGAAGUUUAUGGAGGUUUUUAUGGAUGACUUUUCUGUGUAUGGUGAUACUUUUGAUGAGUGCUUAGAGAACUUGAAGAAAGUCCUGGUUAGGUGUCGAGAGGUGAAUUUGGUGCUUAACUGGGAGAAGUGCCACUUCAUGGUUAGUGAGGGAGUGGUCCUAGGGCAUAAGAUUUCAAGUAGGGGGAUUGAGGUUGAUCCGGCUAAGGUUGAUGUGAUUUCUAAACUACCUCCCCCUACUUCGGUUCAUGCCAUUAGGAGUUUUCUAGGCCACGCAGGUUUCUACCUCCCCCUCCUGACUGGUCUUUGCCUUUUGAGAUUAUGUGUGAUGCUAGUGAUUUUGCAGUAGGAGCCGUUCUUGGGCAGCGUCGAGAUAAACAUUUUCAGCCUAUUUCUUAUGCUUCAAAAACUCUCGAUAGUGCCCAAGAAAACUACACUACCACCGAGAAAGAAUUGCUUGCUGUUGUUUUUGCUCUUGACAAGUUUCGUCCUUAUUUGAUUUUGUCUAAGGUAGUGAUAUUUACCGAUCAUUCUGCUCUUAAAUAUUUGUUGCAAAAAGUGGAUGCUAAGCCUAGAUUGAUUCGGUGGAUAUUACUACUCCAAGAGUUUGAUAUUGAGAUUAGGGAUAAGAAAGGGGCUGAGAAUUUAGCGGCUGAUCACUUGAGUAGGUUAGAAAACCCCUUUCUUGAUUCCCUGAGUGAGAGAGAUAUUGAGGGUACUUUUCCUGAUGAGAGACUGUUGAGGAUCGUUGAUGAGGUGCCUUGGUUUUCUGACAUCGCCAACUAUCUUGUUGGGGGUGUUGUUCCUUCUGAUUAUACACCUCAUCAACGAAGGAAAUUUUUUGCUGAUUUGAAAUAUUAUUUUUGGGAGGAACCAUAUUUGUUUCGUAUUUGUGCUGAUCAGGUUGUUAGAAGAUGUGUUCCUCUUAGCGAAGGAGUUGAGAUUCUCAAACAUUGUCACUCCGGACCAACUGGGGGACACUAUUCUUUUAACCGGACAGCUCGUAAGGUGUUGGAAUGUGGUUUCUUCUGGCCCACGUUGUUUAAAGAUGCUCUAACGUUUGUGCAGGAAUGUGACAGGUGUCAACGCACCGGGCCGGUUACCAAGAGGGAUGAGAUGCCCCAAAAUUUUAUAUUGGCUUGUGAGGUAUUUGAUGUUUGGGGCAUUGACUUCAUGGGACCAUUCCCGGGUUCUAAAGGUAAUAAAUUCAUUCUGGUUGCUGUGGAUUAUGUCUCUAAGUGGGUUGAGGCGGAAGCUCUGCCCACUAAUGAUGCUAGAGUUGUGAUUCGUUUUCUGAAGAAAUUGUUUUCUAGAUUUGGAGUGCCACGAGUUUUGAUAAGUGACAGGGGAACCCACUUUAGGAAUGAUCCCAUGACUCGUCUUCUGGCAAAGUACGGGGUCACUCAUAAAGGGGGCGUCCCUUAUCACCCCCAAACUACUGGCCAAGUUGAGAACUCGAAUAGGGACAUUAAGACCAUCCUUGAGAAGACCGUUGAGACCCAUAGGAAGGAUUGGUCUGAUAAGCUAGAUGAUGCGCUGUGGGCACUGCGUACAGCGUAUAAGACACCCAUUGGCACUACUCCGUUUCACUUGGUUUAUGGGAAGGCAUGCCACCUUCCGGUAGAGAUAGAGCAUAAGGCCUACUGGGCCUUGAAAACGUUGAAUAAGGAUUUGUCUUUGGCGGGUCGUGAACGGCUUUGGAAGCUCAAUGAGUUGGAUGAGUGGAGGCUUAUGGCCUAUGAGAACUCUAAAAUUAGUAAGGAGCGUACCAAAGCCUAUCAUGAUCGGCACAUUAAGCAAGGAAAAGAGUUUUGUAAGGGGGAUCAAGUUCGGCUAUUCAAUCCCCGAAUGAAGAUUUUUAAAGGAAAGUUGAAGUCUAGGUGGUCCGGUCCUUUUGUAGUGAGCGAAGUUUUUCCAUUUGGAACUGUUGAGAUAGAUCAUCCUGAGAAGGGCCGUUUUAAAGUUAACGGCCAUCAUUUGAAGAAAUAUUACGGAGGACCGCUAGAACGCGAGCGUGAGGUGACCUUUGUCACGAAUUUGGAGAGAUGAGUGCGUAGUUGCGCCGGGCAAACGACGUUAAAAAUAGCGCUUCUCGGGAGGCAACCCAAGCUUAAUUUGUUUUUGUUUUAGUUUAGUUUUGUUGCUUUUCAAAAAAACCAAAAAAACCAAAAAAAAAAAAAAAAAAAAAAAUCUGUUCGUGCGGACGCACGGUCGUGCGUCUGGGACGCACGCCGUGCGUCAAAGAAAGAAACGCGGGGGAGGCUACUGCCAUCGACGCACGAUCGUGCGUCCCCCCCUACGCACGAUCGUGCGUAACACUUGAAACCGCGGGGAGCUGCUGCCAUCAACGCACGAUCGUGCGUCGCCCCCUACGCACGAUCGUGCGUCCCAAAAUCCCUAAACCACCCCUUAAUUAAAACAUUACCCAACCCCACCCCUUCUCUCCCCUUACUCGAUCCACGAACUCCCCCUUCCCCUUCCCCUUCGAAGAACACCAGCCGCGACCGCCCAGCAGCCACGACCACCGCCCUGCCGCCGCACCGCCGACUCACCCGCGACCGCCGCGUUCGCCGCGACCGCCGCGCCACCCACCACCAACCGCUCUCUCCUCUCUUCUCCAAGGUAUCUUCUCCUUCUUCUCCUUUCCUCUCUUUUCUCCAUUAAUGGAGGUUUCUCCAAGCUUUUCUAGAAAUCCAAAUUCUUAUGCUCUAAAAUUAGGGAUUUACAUCCACAUGAUUAAAUUGAAGCUUGUGAUGAUGAUUUUGAUAUUCUAUGAUUGAUGAAUUUAUUUCUUUUGAUUGAAAUCCCUAAUUUUUGAGCUAAUUUAGCCAAUUUAGGGUUGAAAAUUGAUGAAUGUGAGAUAAAUUUGGGGUUUUUUUUGUGCUCCUUGCUUCAAUUAAGGAAUGAAUUGUUGAUUAUGAUGUUGAAUACUUGUUGUUGAGUUAAAUUGAGCAUAAAUCCCCAAAUUUUAGGCCAAACUUUGUCCAAUUUGAGAAUUGAGAGUUCUUCCCCUAAUCCAAUAUCUCUUUAAUUCUUUUGGGAGGAACUCCAUUCUUAACACUUGUUUUGAUAAGGAUUCUUGCUUGUGACCUUGUUUAUACCGUGUGUCGUUGAAAUAUUUGACUUUACUUCAAAGAAAUUUUCUUUGAUAAAAAUUCAAAAGUUUCAACUAUUCUGGUUAAACUUGGAUUGAUUGAUAAUUAUGUUGAUGCUCUUGAAUGACUGAUUACUGACGGGGUUAUUACUGUUGAUUUGGAGUUUUAUUCUAAUACUUGGAAGCCCCGUUGGAAUGGUUGUUGUUGUUGUUGAAUUGUCUUGACAGAUGCCACCAAAGAAGCGAACCAAGAAUGUUGGAACCAGCUCUAGUCGGGCCACAGGUGCCCGAUAUCAGCCUCAAUUCCCGAAGGACGAACAAAUGAUCACAUACCUCGAUUUGCUGAAAAAGGAGGUAGGCACGUUUCAUUAUCCUGAUGAGCCCACCUUGACAGCCGCUGGGCUUCAUGAUGAGGUGAUGACGCUACUCUGUCGGGGAUGGUGGCAACACCUUUUCUUUGGCAUCCGAGAGACCACAUACAAAGAAGUAACUUGCGAAGUGUUGGCCACAAUUAAGGUGCCUCGAUCUAUCAGUUUCUCCGAUAACCACCGACCCCUAAUCAAGUUCCGGGCCUUCAAUGAGGACCAUGCCAUAUCCAUUUACAACAUCCAGUGGCACUUAGGUUUUACCCGGAUUGAGGAUAGAGCAGAUAAUGAAGCAGGCUUGACUGAUUUUCCACGAGAUGUCGACCGCCAGAGGUUUUGGGAGAGCAUUUCUAGAGACGGCGGCACUUAUGACCCCCGGGACACCCCUAGCACCUUGUUGUAUCCACGGGCGUACAGAGUUAUCCAUUCCCUCCUUUCAUCCACCAUCACUGGGAGGGCCGAGGUAGCAGGCAAGGUCUCCACUACAGAUCUUUUGUGCCUUUAUUGCAUGAUCCACAACAAGCUACCACACAUGGGUGCUAUCAUUGCCGGCCUCUUCCACCGUCAGUCUACCUACAAGAUCAAGGCUAUCUUUUCUGGACCCUACAUCACCUGCCUUCUGCGAGGGAUGGGUUACGGCGACCACUUUGUAAACAUGGAUGAGAGUUCUUACUAUGCGCCGUUGACUAAGCUUCCAGAGCUGAACACCGGAGUGGCCAGAAGGAGGCGCCUAGCAGAGCAGCCAGUUGAGGGAGAGCAGAGAGUACCGCAUCAGGCGGGGAUCCAUAUUCAGGAGGGCGGCGCAGCUGGCCACGUUGAUGAUGAUGAUGAGGAGCGCCACACUGAGGGGGGAGGAGCAGCUAUGGACCAUGAUGCUGCUCAUUCUAUUCCUGUCAUGCCACCUGCUUUUCAGGAUGCUUUUUCGAGUUGGCAUGAGGAGCAGAGGGCUUAUCGUGUCGAGUGGAGGGAGAGUCAGCAGCGCCAUCACAGGUCACUUUUUGAGAGUCAGCAGCGUUUCUUUGCCGAUGUUCAGGCAGAGCGACAGAGACAGCAGGAGCUUUAUCGCCAGAUGAGGGCGGACCAGCAGGCAUUCUUUCAGGAGGUCCGGGCAGAGAGGCAGACUUACCACAGAGAGCUCCAGCGGACCAUUCACGAGGACAUUACGACCGGGUUUUCCAACCUGCGCGUACAGUACGCGGAGUUGGACACUCGUGUCACAUCCUUAGAGUCCAGCUGGAGUUCGUUCUUUGAUGCACAGCAGCCACCGCCACCUCUAGAGCAGUAGUGAUUUAGUAGAUUGUUCGCCGUUAGCCUCUGUUCUCUGAUUUUUGAUGGAUGACUGUUUCUAUACUUUCACACUCACUCACUCACUCACUCACAUUACUCUUUACUCUUUCUCCGUAUUUCUUGGAUUUUGUUUGUGUUUUGAUGAUUGCAGCUUACUAGUCCCGUGGAUGAAAUUGCCGAGUUCAUUUCACACAGUUGAGUUCUACACCAACCAUCGCCAUAGGGAAGUUGCUUUGGUUCUUAUUUUUGUGAUAAUGACUUGAGUUAAUGUUGAGCACGCGUGACCCUUUCCUCUUUACCCCUAAUACAUAAUGCAUUUUUGGUCAUCGAGGACGAUGCCAAAGUUUAAGUGUGGGGGAGUGAAUUGGGCAUUCGGGCAGUAGUUGUCACAUGUGAUUUGUUAGGGUUAGCAUGCGCAGGUGUUAGUUGUAUAUUCAUAUGAAAUUCAUGCAAAAUUUUUGAAAAUUUUUCUUUAAACUGUGUCUUUGUGAGUUGGCUAGCAUUUUGACUAUGCUUUUAGAACAUCUUUGAAGUAUUUAGGUUUAAAUUGCUUACACUACAAUCUAGUUGUUGAAAGGAUGAAGGCAUUAGUUACCCAUUGAAUUAAUCCAUUAAUCAUCCACCCUACCUGAGUAAGACCCUUUAGGAGAAGCCAUUUUGAGCCUGACCGUUCUUUGUUUACCCAAUUAAUUUAGCUCCAUAGCCAAAUGGCCUGUUUCCUUACCCGUGAAUAUUUCUGACUUAGUCCUGAUGUUUAGGGAAUUAAGGGAUUAAUUUGAUAAGUUUAGGGAAUUUUGUGUAGGAGCCAUUUUUGGCACUGUUCCUAUGCUCCAAAUGGGGUAAGAGCAAUCACUUUUUAGGAAUUUGAUACUUUCGAGGAUUGCAUUGUAGGCAUGGAUUCACUUUUAAAUUAAUGAACUUUAAUUGCUAUUUUUCCUUGGUGAGGACGAGAUUAGAAUGGGGUAAUGUCUAGUGAGAAUCCGAAAGGUGAAAAAUUAAUAUAGCUAGACCUCUUACUUUGCGAAAAAGAGAAUGGGAACCCUGGUCAAAAAGCGUAAGAUGAGACUUGGGUAUCUUUCGAAAGAAACGGCGUUCUCGUGCCAACAUGACAAGGAAAACUAAACUUAAAUUAAUGAACUUGGAGGCUAUCUCAAAAUUUAGCUUUAGUCCUCCGCGUACUUCAAGUAUACGUCAAAGCACAAAUGGGCCGAGACGGUUUAGCUUAGUUGUACACCAUGUCUACUCUUUGCAUAGGUUUAAAUGAUUGUUCCUAAAUUGUGGCCUACUGAGUCCUUUGAUUCUAAGAAUAGCCCUGAAGUUCCUGAAAACAUUGGAUCUUUGUUAGAAUAUUCCUACCUCUCAAAAUAAAGGGACUACUUUCAUUAUUAUCCAUUCACCAUCAAAUUCACAAGUCCUUCUGAUCAGUAGCUAGCUUAUUAGUGAAAGCUGUCAUUACUUUGAGGAUGUUGUGAAUAAUUGUGUCAAAUAGUUUAGCUUGAGUACAAAGGUGUAGUUUAGGGAAAAAUUUUCUUGAUUUAAAUUGUCUGUCCUGUGAAUAUCCCCUUAACUACGUAUGUAUGCUAACUGUUUUAAAUUCCGUGUGGUGAUUAUCGUAAGUCCCGUUGUUCGAUUUGCUUGAGGACAAGCAAAAGCUUAAGUGUGGGGGAGUCUGAUAAGUCCGUAUUUGGACACGCAUUUGAUGCGUGUCCGGGUCGGAUUUUGAUGAUUUUCUCGGCUUUAAGGCGUUACAAGUCUCAAAUUUGGCUCAAGUUGUGUUUAGCAGGCGUUGGAUCGAGUUUCGUUGCAUUUGGAGUUGAUUUGAAGAAGUUAGAGUCCGGCAAUCGGCGCUAAAGAGACAACCGGGAGGAGAUAGAGAGCAUUCAAGGAAGAAUUGAGAGAUUUGGAGGUCACCAGGUGAUUCACGGCGAAAUUUUGAUGAAGAAAGAGCAUUGGGAUCGACCUCGUUUGAAUCCGGGCACGUUUGGAGCAAGAAAACGAGAAAACGGAGCGAAAAAGUCAGACGCACGGUCGUGCGUCUGGGACGCACGAUCGUGCGUCCAUUACUAAACCGCGAUGAGGCCUCUGCCUGCUACGCACGAUCGUGCGUAGGCAGGGACGCACGAUCGUGCGUAGCCCCGUGACACGCGCGGAAAUUUCCUAUUUCGGCCCAAAUUCGGUUUUUUUCCCUUUUUUUCUAUAAAUAAGGUCUCCCUAACCCUUUUGAGGGGUUACGAACAUUACGGAGAGGCCUAGGGACGAACUUAACACCGUUUUUACGCUAUUUUCUUCCAAGACCCUGGGAUUAUUUGUAAGUUCAUCUUUUUAAUUAAUGACAAUUAUUUCUAUUCAUCUCAAUUCUGUUGAUUCUUCAA